AUGCUGCGGAGGAUGCUAAGUUUGUGCUGGCUGCUGGUCCCCCUGGUUGCGGGAAUCCAUCCAGAAUGCAAGAUAUUCCAGCAAGUCGUGAAAGAGGAGGCACUCUGCCUAGAAAAGAAUGAAUCUGUUUCAUCUGAUUUUAAAGGAUGCAGCAGAGAUUGGGAUGGUCUAAGCUGUUGGCCCAGAGCUGCUUUUGGGGAAGUGGUUAAAAUUCCCUGUCCGAGAUUUUUUGAAGAAAUCACCAAUAUCCAUGGCUUCCUUCAGAGAAACUGUACACAGGGGGCAUAUUGGUCAGAACCAUUCCCACCAUACGCUGUUGCCUGUGGAUUUGAUGAAGGUUCCAGCAAAGGGCCUGAGGAUCAGAAAUCAUAUUAUUCUGCAUUUUGGCGUGUCUACACUGCUGGCUAUGCAGCAUCAGUGACUUCACUCAUUACAGCUCUAAUUGUCUUUGCUGCCUUCAGAAAAUUCCACUGUACACGGAAUUACAUCCAUAUGCACCUGUUUGUCUCCUUUAUCCUGAGAGCAAUUGCUGUUUUCACCAAAGAUGCUGUUUUGUUUGCAGAUGAAACUAUGGACCACUGCCUAAUGUCAACGGUUGCUUGUAAAGCUGCUGUAGCAUUCUUCCAGUUCAGUAUUUUAGCCAAUUUCUUCUGGCUUCUUAUAGAAGGGAUAUACCUGCAAACACUGCUUUUGCUGACCUUUGUUUCAGACAAACAAUAUGUAUGGUGGUUCAUAUUUGCUGGCUGGGGAGCUCCCACUGCUGUGAUGUUUACUUGGGUCCUCACAAGAAUACAUCAACAAAAUACCGGAUGUUGGGAUGACGAUGAAAAUGGAGUAGUGUUAUGGAUCAUCAAAGGCCCCAUUCUGCUAACUGUAUUAAUUAACUUUAUUAUAUUUAUUAAUGUGAUCAGAAUUCUAGUUCACAAAUUGAAAUCUCAAGACGGAGGAGGGAGCCAUUCAAGCCACUUUGUGAGACUUGCUAAAUCCACAUUACUCUUGAUCCCACUCUUUGGAGUGCACUAUAUUGUAUUUGCAUUUUUCCCAGAAAGCACUGGUCUGGAAGCUCGCCUUUACAUUGAGCUAGGCUUGGGAUCCUUUCAGGGUUUUGUUGUUGCACUUCUAUAUUGUUUCUCAAAUGCAGAGGUUCAAAGUGAACUCAAGAAACAACUGUGCAAGUGGCAGUAUCAAGAAUACCUGAGCUUCACACACAAACAUGGGACUAUGUCCAGAGAAAACAGUCCAGUCAACUAUGUUACUCAGUUAUCAUUGCUUGAAAAAAUCAGUCCGAAAAGGAAAACGUCUGCAUACCAGAAUGGUGUAACUUCUGUCUGA